AUGGCACAACACAACUUCGCCCCUCUAAAAAACGACCUCCUCCUCCGCACCGCCCGCGGCCAAAAAGUCGAACGCCCUCCAUGCUGGGUAAUGCGUCAGGCGGGACGCUACCUCCCCGAAUACCACGAAGCCAAAGGCAACAAAGACUUCUUCGAAUGCUGUCGCAGCCCAGAAAUAGCUUCCACUUUAACGCUCCAACCAAUAGACCGCUACGAAGGAUUAAUAGAUGCCGCGAUCAUAUUCUCGGAUAUCUUGGUCAUACCGCAGGCGAUGGGGAUGGAAGUCGUGAUGGUGCCGGAGAAAGGGCCGCAUUUCCCACAGCCGUUGGAGGGGCCUGAGGACCCGCAGUACAAGGAGGUCAUGGAGAGGAGUGUGGAUGUCAAGAAGGAACUGGACUAUGUGUACAAAGCUAUUACCAUGACACGACAGAAAUUGGAGGGCCGAGUGCCACUAUACGGAUUCUGCGGCGCCCCGUUCACAUUGAUGUGCUACAUGGUCGAAGGCGGCGGCAGCAAGAUCUUCCGACAUACCAAGACCUGGAUCUUCAAGUAUGCGGACGAGGCGAAGCGGUUGUUGCAGAAGAUCGCGGAGCUCUGCGUCGAAUAUCUGGCUGAACAAGUCGUGGCUGGAGCACAGAUCAUUCAGGUCUUCGACUCUUGGGCGGGCGAACUCGCACCCACGCAAUUUGCGGAGUUCUCGUUGCCGUAUCUGAAGCACAUCUGUGAUCACCUCCCCGCUCGACUCAAGGAGCUGGAGCAAGAAGUUGUGCCGAUGGUGGUCUUUGCCAAGGGUGCUUGGUAUGCACUGGACGAUCUUUGCAAGACGAAAUAUGAUGUCAUUGGGCUGGACUGGCUACAUGCUCCCGCUGAGGCGCAUGCGGAUGCGCAGAAGCAUGGGAAGGUCUUGCAGGGAAACGCUGACCCCGGUGUUCUUUACGGAGGGCAUAAGGCCAUUACUAAAGUGGUGGAGGAGAUGGUCAAAGGGUUCGGGGGUGGGAAGCAGGGGUGGAUCGCUAAUUUGGGACAUGGCAUCACACCCUUCGUCAACCCGGACGAUCUCAAAUUCUACUUUGAAGAGAUCCAUAGGUUAUCAGAACUCUACCAAGAAGGCAUUGUCCCGACUAAAGUCGACGUCGAAGCGGCCGAGCAGCGGAUACACGAUCGCAAUAUCAUGAGUAGUGACUGGUAG